GGGGCAACCGCGCGGUGCCAAGAUGGCGGCCGGGGCCGGGCAGGAAGGAGGCUGAGGGACGGGGAGGGGGGGGAGCGGGAAGAUGGCGGCGGGGGGGGGGGCGGGCUCUAUGGCGGCGCGGGGCCGAGGCUGCGCACACGUGGCCCCUCCUCCCUCGGGCUGCGGGCGCUGCGGGUGCGGGAGCGGCACCGGCACCGGCAUGGGCGUGCAUGUGGAGACCAUCGCCCCCGGCGACGGGCGGACGUUCCCCAAGCGCGGCCAGACCUGCGUGGUGCACUACACGGGUAUGCUGGAGGAUGGGAAGAAGUUCGAUUCCUCCCGCGACAGGAACAAGCCGUUCAAGUUCGUGAUGGGCAAGCAGGAGGUGAUCCGUGGCUGGGAGGAAGGCGUCGCUCAGAUGAGCGUGGGUCAGCGGGCAAAGAUGACCAUCUCCCCAGAUUACGCCUAUGGCUCUACCGGGCACCCAGGGAUCAUCCCACCCAACGCCACUCUAAUUUUUGACGUGGAGCUCAUGAAAUUGGAAUGACCUACCCCAGCACCCUGUCCUCGGGUUUGGCACAUGGAGGAAUCCAGAAUCUCAGCUUCAAGAAGAGUGCACAUGACUUUGUACGGAGCUUUUCCUGAUAGCCCACUACACUCAUUGUAUAACCUUACACCUUGAUUGAAUGCCUUUGGUCACUAAGCUUUGCGUCUGACUCUUCCUCCUUGUAUCGUGUUUUUAUGUCUUUUUAAACUAUACGCCGUAAACCUCAACUCUUUUUUGGGUCAAGUUCUUCAUCUUAUUUUUGUUCCAGGUGUAGCCUACGUUUUACCAGUAGCACACAGACGGGCUGACCUUAGCUAGGAGUCAUUUGAACAACAGGAAACCUGGUAGUUACUCAUUUUGGUGCAGAUCUCAUGGUGGUUUCAAACCAGAAAUUGCUGCUGCUGCUGCAAAAGCCAUAGCAGAGGGAGGCUGUCGAGGCUGAACGGAUGCGGAGAGCAAAGUAGUGCUGGGAUUGUGUGUAGGUCCCUGCCUGGAACCGGGGCAGUGAGGGGCAGGGGAGGCCACCGUGGGGAUGCUCUGCUCACUCGGCCGUCCCACGGUGAACCUUCCUCCUGCACCUCAGCCCACUUUCAGAUUGGGUUUCCAUCAUUGCUCCUCCACACCCUGAACGUUCAGAGCUUACAUUGAGCUUAAAGAUAAAGGAGAACAGCAAAAGGAAGGUGCUGCCUGCAGGGGAGGUGGUGGGGAGUCAGCUCUGCCCGCCCUGGGGAGGAAGCACCAGCCCCGGCAGUGCCCGCUCUGAGCACACUGGCCCGUUCUCCACCUGAUGCUGGUCAUCGCCGCUUGCCUGCUCCCAUCCGAUGCAAAGCUUCCCGCUGCUCCCCGCCUGCCCCUGCCUCGUGAUGUGCUCAGAGACGUUCCCGCUCCCUCCUCCACCGCAGAAAGGUAUCCACUUUUAUUCUUGCAAUAAAAACGCUUUAUGCUGGCUUUUCUCA